GGUUGAACACUGAGUAAGCAUCAAUCGUACAGUAAUCAAUUCUGUAGUAAACACAUCAGUUUUACGAAAAGCAGCAAGAUGAAACCGUCGGGUCUCACGUUGGCUUUCUUGGUAGUUUUUAUGAUGGCGCUCAUGUACAAUUCGGUGGAAGCGGCAGCAAAACCUGAUGCCGAUGCCGAAGCCGAAGCUCUUGCCAACGCCAUUGCGACUGGCGAUGCCGAUGCUGUAGCUGGGAUUUUGGAUGAAAUUUUGAAAGACCUCAGCAUGGUAUUGGGGCAAGUUCUCUAAAGAAACUCUAAAGAAGACAGAUAAAAUAACCGCAUCGGCGAAAGUACACGAAAGGACACGAAUAAUGCUUUACUCUGUCAAAAUUUUCUUUCUGUUUACGACAAUAUUGUUUAAAUUGAUAUUCUAUUAAAGAAUAAAAUUUUCUGCAAACA